CGAUUCAGUCAUCUCGAAACAGUUUAAUUCUACCUACACUGUUAGCAGUUUCUCCGCACUAAAGUAACCGGAACUUCCACUAACCUUUCCCCUUUUCCAGCUAUGAACAUCACCACCAAGACGGGGCUGAUCGCUUCCCCCCGGAAGCGGAUCGUGCGCCCGAAGAAGGAGUUCGAUCCGGCGGUGCUGGCACCGUGCGCCAUCACGCGCCAGGUACCGCUGGCGCUGCGACCCUUCGGCGGCCUGUACAACCCCUACUCGAAGGGUUGCUCGGUGCUGUGCAAUCAUCCGGCGGCGCAGGAGGUGAAAAAUGUGGUCCGGCUGGCAAAGGACGCCUGGAUCACCGAGGCCAAGGUGGCCAAUUUGCACGGGCACGGAGCGGGUGGCGGCGGCGGCGGCCCAACCACCAUGGCGGCAGUGGAUGGUGGUGGUACCCGGGCCGAGGCGGACGGCAGGACGCGGCCGCCGGGCGCGGACGGUACCGAGCUGCCGGACCACGUGCCGGAGGAGUUCUUUCGGCGCUACACGGACACGGAUUCGCGACCGCUGACGCCGACACCGACGGUGGCCAGCGGCCGAACGCGUGCCAGUGUGGGCGGGUCGCAUCUGGCGCGCCGGUGCGUCACGCCGGAACCGCAGACGGCCAACGGGCAGGAGCGGAAGCAGCUGAUACUGGACCUGCGCCGCAGCCACAGCCAGGAGACGCUCUACUGGAACGCGUCUUCCGAGCUGAGCCCGAGCCAGCUGCAUGAUGGUGGUGGUGGCGUUGGAGGCAGCUUGGCACUCGGGUACGGUGGCGAGCGGGGCGAGCGAGGACCGGCCGGCAGCAGCAGUGCGGGGGGAGCAGGUGGUGGGCCCAAUGCCCAGUCGGCCGUCGCGGACGAUACCGGACGCAGUGCGGGCGUCGGCGGCCCGGACGAGAUGAGGCUGCGGGGCGAGUCGGACACCGAGCGGGGGCCGCCACAACCGAUGACCUGUAUCAACGCGAUGGACGAUGGGGAGGAGGACCCACCGAGGCGGCGCGGCAAGCGGCGCAAAAAGUCCAAGCAGCUCACGCAAACGAUCAGCUUCGUGCCGAACCAGGACCCGGAGACGCAGAUCGCCAAAAUGGAUCCGGACUCGCCGAACUACUCGGCCCGGCCGUCGCUGGUGCCGACCGGCAAGUGUCUGCUCAGCCUCGCGCAGGACCUCACACCUCCGGCCGGCUUCGGUGCGGGUGGCACUCAUCAGGGCGGGGUGGGGCAGCCGGCCGAGGAGGACUGCUUUCUGGACGACGAGUCGCUCGGGUUGCUGCGCCGCGGUCUCAACAUCGACAUCGUCGAGAUGAUCUUCGAGCGUUAUAAAGGACGCGCCAUCAGAGAAGCCUUCCGCACGGCAACGAUGGACAAGCUGAACUUUCAAACGGAUGCCGUCCGAACGCUGCAACGUUCGGCGAAGCAGCUCAGUGACGUCGACUACGAGAAGUGGAUCGAUCUGCCCCGGAAGUACUCGAGAUCUUCGGCCCGGUUCGAGCUGCCCAUCGAUACCCGCAAGCUAACCCGUAUGACCCCGAUCGAGUAUCUGCACGAUCACGUCGUACUGAGCAACGACCGCAAGCAGCUGUACCAUCGCAUCUUCGCGCGCAAUCUACCCCGGGAGGAACCGAAGGCGUCCGGCGCACUGGAGAGCGUCGACAGUGACUCCCUGCCCGAGACGGAGACGGGCCCGCUCGAGGUAGAUAGUACGCGGAACCUGCUGGCGGACGUGACCCGGUACAUCCCGAUGAACUGCUUCGACAAGGCGUUGCACGAGGCGCUCGGGUUUCACGGGACGCCCGAGCGGAUCGCUGCCAUCCGGGAGCUGCUGGAACUGAACUACGAUCCGUUCAAUGAGCUGCAGAUCGAUUUUCGGACGUGGUGUGGGAUAGUGGCGUUCUCGGAGCGCUUCAUUAACUCGCUCGACCGGGAGCAGGACCCUUGUGAUGAGCUGGAAAUGGUUGACUUUGAAUCGCUCGAGCGACGUGUCCGGUGGGCUCGACCGUCAGAAAACCUGUGUCAAGUCCUGCAAAUCAUCAAAUACCAUUAAAACAGGCACCAGAGGGUUGGAAGACGUGUUGAUUUCAACGCCAGUUGUGUUUGCACAAUCGAUUAAAGGAUGGGCAGAGGCGACCCGAACAAGUGUAUGUGCCGUAGGGAGUAGUCAUGCAUUGACUGAAGGGAUUAGCAUACCUUCUCACCCUCAUCGCUCGAAGCGGAUAGCGAUCCCGUGUGGUUUAAUGAUUGAUAAGGUUGCGAUUUUCCACUGCUGGGCCUGUGGUGUACGGCCCAGAGCGGAUCAACGGCGUUCAACCCGUUCAAUGGGACUCUUAAUUAACCGGAAGCCAAGAGAGUAAGGAAGGUUAAAGCCUGCCCCGUAGGUGUGUUUGUGCAUAUGGAGAUAUUUCACAAUCCCUUUUCCUUAUUAAGCACGUGGUUUUUGGGGUGUGUGACAAGUUGAGUGUAUUCAUUAUAAUGUAAUAGGUGUGGUUUUAACAGUUUAUCGUAUAAAAUAGUCAAAAUCACUAAGCAACAGGACAUAUUAAGGAAUACAUGUUCAUAAUUAAGGUCGGAUACGACUACAUUGUGUUAGGAACAUUUGAAUAUCGAAUAGAAUUAACGAUAAGUUCAUCAAAGAUCUUAUCAAUCUUUUAACAGUAAGCUAUUGUGUGGAUUUAUGUACAUUAUAAGGAAAUAUUUCACAUCAGUUUAAAGAUGCUUAUUGAAUUAAACUAUAAAAAGACGAAUAACUAUAAAAAUUCAUUGAAAAUUGUGUCAUUUCGUUCAUAAUCAUAAGGUCCAUGCCAUAUUUUAUUCAUUUAUUUAAUAUUGUCCACCAAAGUGGCUUAACAAAGUGUGUACUUAAUGCUGGUUGUCGAGAGAAAAUAAGGUUGAUGGGUACAGAUUACAUGGACUGGAGAGAGGAAAGAUCACGAAGACGUGAACGGAAACAGGACACUGGGACAUUGAAGUCAAACAAGUGGUAGAAGUUGUUGAAAGCCGAUAGAGCUCGGAGAAAAGGAUCGUUCGAACCGUAGCGGGUCUGGCGGGAUGGGAUAGAUAGGGGAGGUCUAUCACGAAUACGACGCGAUGGGGACAUAUAGAGGAAUGGCGGAUAGGAGGAAUAGGACAUCAAGUUCAUUUAACAGGAGAGCUGAGAUGAUACUGAUGAAAUGAGUCCCAAUGACUUGUUGGCGUUGUGGAUGACAUGGUCAACAUGUGUAUUAAAGGACAGCUUCUCGUCCAACCACACACCUAGAUCCUUUACCGACGAUACUCGACGUAUGACAGUAUCACAUAGGGAGUAGCUGAACGGUAUCAACGCGAACCUGAUAAACGAUUA